AUGGGAACCUCGAAUUUUUCAACGACUGCUUGUUGCUCGGCCCAGAUGGCUGAGAACUUGCCACGGCCGAAUAUCAACCUCCGGCCAACACCACGGGCUCAGUGCCCUGAAAAAGAUUGUGGGCGACCAACUCUGGGGAAACUCACACUUUGUGAACACCCAACGGUCAUAACGAACUGGGGCCGCUAUUUUCAAAAGUGCACCGCUCCUGGCUGCCCGGGUUUCUUUUGGCAUGACGAGCGGACACCUGAGGACAAGAUCCCCGAAGCCGUUCGACUACAUUUCGUCUAUCGAGAGUCUGUCUCGGCAACGAGAGAAGGACUUACGUGCGGCAGGGACAAGUGCACGCGGCGGGCAAAUGUGGACUGUGAAAAGUUCCCCCAACAUUGCGCACCGUGUUGCCGAAAUCUAGGAGGGUGUAGGGUACAUGGGCAGAAGGAUCGUCUGGUCUCUUCACAGCCCCCUGCCUCACAGCCCCCCUCUUCGCAGCCCCUUUCUUUGGAACUCUCCUCUUCACAGCCCCCCUCCUCGCAGUCCCCCUCUUCGCAACUCUCCUCUUCACAGCCCAUUUCUGUUGUUCCUGCCACCGUUGCUAAUGUGACUACUCCCACUUAUGCUCGCCCAUUGCGCGACGACUAUGCGAGGCCACUUCUUGACGACCACAUCCGGCGAAAUGAGUCAAACAAAAAGAUCACGGAUGACCGACAGGCAGCUGACGAUUUGAAGAACAGGAUGCAAGUAAUACUGUGGAAUCGGCGCGGCGAGAGUCCCAUUCGCUUCAAUCUCGUCAACUCUCGCCCAGGGACCCUAGUGCCUAGUGCACACACCAUCUUCAUGGAGUGUAUCAGCCACUCUACAUCGAUUGAAGUGCUCACCCGACUCCCUUCCUCUUCCCGGCCUGCGGAAUGGUUGAUGCAAGAUGUCACGUGCCCUAUCUUAGCUCCCUCAAGCUCUCGCAUUCUCAUGCGAAGGCCUUUUUUCAAAGACGAGGAUUGCUCUGGCAUUGAUGAAGAGUUGUCCUAUUUUAUAGGUGGGACUUCAACCGACGCUGUCGCCACUCAUGUACCUGCCCGGGCAACCUCCGUGCCCCCACUCUCCUUUUCUUUGCGUUCCACUGGGACCCUUGCCCCUGCCGUGUCGUCAUCGAGUAUCACAGUCACCAUCCCCAACAAAACUGUCCCUCACGAGACGUUCCCCCUUGCAUACACGGUCGAUAUGGCAAAGGGUUUGGAUCUCAUGGGAAACUUUCACAAUGACAACGACAUCCGCAACGCCUUCGCGAUCCACUUUCCGACCUGCAAGUAUGUGCAAUCGACAUAUUACCGGCACAGAAGGCACUUCAAGCAGGCAAAGAAGCUCGACAUCCUUCAGACAUAUAUCAAUUAUGGUCGCACGGAUGAAGGCUUGUGGGUAAAUCUAGUGGUGGAGCUUUCAAAGUUACCUGCCACAAUCUCUGCACCUGCAUCGUCCCUCCCCCUUGUGGAGCCAACUUCUCCACUCCACACCCCACUCGUCACGCUGCCUGCAGCUGAUUCAACCCCUGACCCACCUGUGUCCUCUGCUGCUUCGGUGGCGGGUGAUGAUGAUGACUGGACAAUCAGAUCUGUACAAAUGGAGUGGUACGAGGAAGGACCUGAUGGUUUGGAGACGAGGUCUACUGGCAAAGAAGUAUCCAUGAUAUACUUGUACAGGGACUGUAUGAGUGGUUCUCGCAAGACGAUAUGA